AUGUUCCCGGCUCAGGAGGAGGCCGACAGAACCGUGUUUGUGGGAAAUUUAGAGGCUCGGGUGCGAGAAGAGAUUCUUUACGAGCUAUUCCUUCAGGCUGGACCACUAACCAAAGUAACGAUAUGCAAAGACAGAGAAGGAAAGCCAAAGUCCUUUGGAUUUGUCUGCUUUAAACAUCCAGAAUCAGUGUCAUAUGCCAUCGCUUUGCUAAAUGGAAUUCGUUUAUAUGGAAGACCAAUUAAUGUACAGUAUCGAUUUGGGAGUUCUCGAUGUUCUGAGCCAGCUACCCAAAAUUUUGAGAACUGUGUUAAGAUAAAUUCACAGAGCUACAGGAAUGAAGAAAUGAUGGGAAGAUCUUCCUUUCCCAUGCAAUUUUUUCCAAUUAAUAAUACUGCUUUACCUCAAGAAUAUGUUUUCUUUCAGAAGAUGGGCCUUCUUUUAUCAAAUGGUUCUCGAAAAACAUUUUCCACUGGAGAAAUCAUUAACCCCAUGUCAGCUGGGGCCCAGGAACGCAUAGACUUGUCUUUGAAUCUAUAUCUCCUCUGCUUUAACCUAAAAAUUCCAGAAGGAGAUUUGGUGGCUUUUGUUGGCCAGGUUGGAUCUGGAAAAUUGUCUGUGCUGUCUGCUCUUCUGGGAGAAAUGGACAAACUUGCAGGAGUUACCAAAAAAAAAAAAAGCCUCACAGUUUGUGGUACCUGUUACUACAGUCCUGGAGAACUAAGACAUUCGCCUUCUACUUCCAAGAGAGGCCUCCAAGACACAGUUGACUUGAUAGAACUUCAGAGAAAACAAAUAAGAAGUACAGUGUAG